CCAAAUGAAAGUAAGUUAGAUGGAACUAAGUUAGGUGAAAGUAAAUUAGAUAAAAAUAUGUUAGGUAAAAAUGAGUUAGGUAGAAGUGAGUUAGAUAAAAGUAAGUUAGAAGCAAUCAAACCUGAUAUCCCUAAAGUUGAUGAUAUUGAUAUGUAA